AUGUGCUCCAACGACACCAUCGAGCUCGUCGUUGAGCGGUCCAUUACCACAUCCAACAUCCAUCAAAUCCUCCGCAUCCGAGUUCGAGUCGUCGCCAUUCCAUCUGCACGGGAAAUGGGGAGGGAAGAGAGGGAGUUGAGGAGUGCGCCACCUGGAUUUGAGCAGGAGGCGUUGAGAAUGCGGUUGUUGUUGAUGUUGGGUGAGGAGUACCUGUGCUCGUCAUAUUUUGUGGUGGUGAUGGUGGGCCGUCCAGCCAAAGAGCGUCGACUGCGUCGUCGGAUGGAAGUCGGAGGCAGUGACUGCAUGUUGGGCGCUAAUGACGACACGCCGUCCUUCGUUUCAUUGGGGACUCAUUCGCGAUGGUGGUAUCCUCGACUGCUCGUUUUGUGCGUUGCAUACAUCUGCAAAGGAGUGGAAUCCGUCGACGAGGGCGUCCGCGGGUGCCCGGCUUGGCCUGAAAGCCACGGCUAUGGCCCGGCUUUGGGCGGCUCAGGCUUGACCAUACUCAAGCCUGAGCUUUUUGCAAGGCUUCAGGCUGGCUCAGGCCCGGCCCAGGCUCAAGCCACGGCUCAUGGGCUAAAGUCAAAAAACAUGUACAAACAAUUGCUCACUCUUGAGCCGUUCACAAACUUAUCGUCAAUUAUCGUAGUUCUUAUGCUCAUGAGCAUGAAGUUGCAAGUAUUUCUUUACCAUGUGCUCAAGCCCCCUCCUUGGUCAUAG